AAGUAGCGCCAUCCUCGGCGCCCGCGACCUGGCCCUCUGGGGCCUCGCGCGCGGCCCCUACCCGGGCCGCGGUCUGCCCUCCCAGCGCGUCCAUGAACUCCGUGUCGCCGGCCGCCUCGCAGUACCGGAGCGGGAGCCCGGAGGACGCGCGCCGCCCCGAGGGCCGCAGGCCGCGGGGCUCCCGAGUCCCGGACCCCAACGGCCUGGGGCCUUCGGGAGCCAGCGGCCCCGCUCUUGGCUCGCCCGGGGCCUCACCCGGGGAACCAGACGAAGUGGACAAGUUUAAGGCGAAGUUCCUGACAGCCUGGAACAACGUGAAGUACGGUUGGGCAGUCAAAAGCCGGACCAGUUUUAGUAAGAUCUCCAGUGUCCACCUCUGUGGCCGUCGCUACCGGUUUGAAGGCGAGGGUGACAUCCAACGUUUCCAGCGUGACUUUGUGUCUCGCCUGUGGCUCACUUACCGUCGGGACUUCCCACCCCUUGCUGGGGGCUGCCUGACCUCAGACUGUGGCUGGGGAUGUAUGUUACGCAGCGGGCAGAUGAUGCUGGCCCAGGGCCUGCUGCUGCAUUUGCUACCCAGAGACUGGAGAUGGACAGAGGGCAUAGGCCCCGGCCCCCCUGAACCAUCAGGGUUGGCCUCUUCCAACCGACACCAUGGGCCAGCCCGCUGGAUGCCCUCGCACUGGGCCCAGGGUGCCCCCGAACUGGAGCAGGAACACCGGCAUCGGCAGAUUGUAUCCUGGUUCGCUGACCAUCCUCAGGCCCCCUUUGGCCUACAUCGACUGGUAGAGCUUGGGCAAAGCUCAGGCAAGAAGGCAGGUGACUGGUAUGGGCCAUCUCUGGUGGCACAUAUACUCAGGAAAGCUGUGGAAAGCAGCUCAGAGGUCACCCGCCUGGUAGUGUAUGUUUCUCAGGACUGUACAGUGUACAAAGCAGACGUGGCUCGCCUGGUGACCAAGUCAGACCCCUCAGCUGAGUGGAAGUCUGUGGUCAUCCUGGUGCCUGUGAGACUGGGUGGUGAGACUCUUAACCCUGUGUACGUGCCCUGUGUAAAGGAGCUCCUGCGUUCAGAGCUAUGCCUGGGUAUCAUUGGGGGCAAGCCACGACACUCUCUGUACUUCAUUGGCUACCAAGAUGAUUUCCUGCUCUACCUGGACCCUCACUACUGCCAGCCCACUGUGGACGUCAGCCAGGCUGACUUCCCCUUAGAGUCCUUCCACUGCACCUCACCCCGCAAGAUGGCCUUUGCCAAGAUGGACCCAAGCUGUACUGUGGGGUUCUACGCUGGAGACAGGAAGGAAUUUGAGACACUUUGCUCAGAGCUGACCAGGGUCCUCAGCUCUUCAUCCACCUCAGAGCGGUACCCCAUGUUCACCCUGGCCGAGGGCCAUGCUCAGGACCACAGCCUGGAUGACCUCUGUUCCCAGCUCUCCCAGCCAACACUGCGGCUGCCUCGCACUGGGCGACUACUGAAAGCCAAGCGCCCAAGCUCUGAGGACUUUGUGUUUUUAUAAAGGGAGGGGAUGGGGGAGAAGAUGCGACACUAUUUUUUUAUUUAUGUCACACUGGGUAUGGGAACUUGAACUUUGGUGGUGAUGGGACUUCCCAUUCUCACCCCCUUGACAAGUGCAGCUGAGAACAGUCCAGAACUUUGGGCAGGGGCCAUUUGGCCAAGAGCAGAGGCUAUAGGCCUGCCUCCCAUCAACUGGGCUGCUGCCCACCUCACAGGGCAGGGAAGGAGCGCAAGCUUCUGAGCACCCACUCAGGGCAUGACUCAAGUACUGUAGUUUGCACUGGACUGCCUGUGCCCCUCAUUGGUCCUGGGGCUCCUGUUCUGCCAAGGGCUGGUGGUGCCAGGAAACUAAGGCCACUGGGGACUAAUAAAGCCGUUUGACUUGA